AUGAAAAUGAAAAUGGAUUUCUUAACGUAUUUUAAAGGUAGAACCUCCAAAUUAACUAAGAGAGAAGGACUCAAUGGAGUCUUAAGAUCUAAUUGCAUUCCUAUUGAAAAAGCUCCAGGGUCGAAUUCAUUUGAUUAAAAUAGUUCUAUUAUAAACUACUCUGAUGUAGAGAGAUAAUCCAACAAUUCUAGUGAUAUAAAUGUUAUUCACAACAAUCCUUAGAUAAUUACAAACAUUGCAGUAUUAAAAAAAACUAGAAAGUUAUCACAAGUAUCCCCCUUAAAACAAAACAAUAAAUUAUAUAACUUCCUGCAAUCUCGCAACGAAUAAUUCUAAUUUCCACUCUCUGAAACUGGAGCAGUCAAUCUUAACGAUUACUAAAUAAUAGCUAUCCCAAAAAGUGUAAAUAUGGAUUCAAAAUAAGACGUGAUGAUUAAGUUUAGCCAGAAUAAAGAGCUCCUAGUAUGA